GAGUUCGGCUUUGCGCUGGACGUGCCGAUCUCGAAUGUAGAUGUUGGCUACGAGAAAGCGCUCAUGCCUAUGAUUAGACCUACUGACUUCUAUCAGCAUCUUGCGGAUCUGGGCAAGCUGAGCGUGCUGUACGGAGACCAGGAUACAGCUGUUCUCACCAAGUUCUGGGCCAGAUUUGCAAUCGUGGAGCCUUGGAAUACAAUCAACGAUUCUUUUGAGGCUGGACUGCUUGUGCCAGAGAGGACAAUCCCUUUGCUACUACACGGGGAUGAGGCUCGGAGCAAGAAGCACCUUCCGAUAAUGGUCGCCAACACGCAUGGAAUUAUCGGAUAUGGAUGCAGAUCUUUCGAGAACUGGUUUCAGGAAGCUCCACUCAUGCGAGAUCAGGCUGGCGGGGUGAACUUGAAAGGGUCUGUGCUGGCGACCCGUUUUCUGCACUUCGUCAUGCAGAAGAAGAGCUAUGGUCCGGACAGCAUCUUCCUCGACCGGAUGUUUGAUGAGCUGGCGAAAGAUCUUGCCAAACUUCAGACGCAGGGCAUCUUGGUGAAUGGCGAGCGGUGGCAUCUGCCCGUCAUAGCUGCCACUGGGGAUUGGCAGUUUUUUGCUAAGGUGGGCCAUUUGACGCGUUGCUACACGCACGUUGCCAAGCGGAGCGGCCAGAGGUCGCUCAACGGCAUCUGUCAUCUAUGUAUGGCUGGAACUGGAAAUCUGGGGUGGGAAGACUUUGUGGACGCGCCACAAUGGAACCAAACGAUGGGCGCGGAGAAUCCAUGGCUGGAAACACCAAUGCUCAUCCGGCGACUACACAAUGAUGCUGCCAACCCAGCAUCAUUCUUUAGGCCUGAUGUGUGGCAUUCUUUACAUCUUGGCUCCGGGAAAUCCUUCGUCGCCAGUUCCAUAGCGGAAUGGUUGCGCGUGAUCCCCGGCAACAACAUGUCGGAGCGCUUCAGCUAUAUCGACAGCGCUGCGCAGAGCUGGCUGCAAGGUCGCAACGACAAACUGUACUGUCGACGCAUUUCCGAUGUGACCAUGGGCAUCGACAGUUUGCAGAAAGUGCCGCUUGGAGGAUGGCAGAAAGCAAGUGAUACAACGCUGUUGCUGGAAUUCUUGGAGCACUUCUGCUCGACCCACUCCGAGUACGCACACCAAGAUGCUAUUCUUCACUGGAUUUGGGUGGCCGCCAGCAAUAUUAACUUGUGCAUGCGCACGCUCUAUCAGGGGGGCCUUUGGCUGGACCAACAUCACGGCCAUACGGCUGCGACUUGCGGGCUCAAUUUUUUGAAAGCGUAUGGUCAUUUGGUUGCCCUGACUCUGGCGGCAAACCGAGACAGGUACCCCGUGACGCCGAAGCUGCACAUGCUACAUCAUCUCUUCCUGGCGUUGAAGACGGAUAGCAGCCGCCACUCAUGGGCCUUAAACAUCCUGGCAACAUCCGUCCAACAGGACGAGACCUUUGUAGGGAUCCUGGGGCGCCAUUCACGCCGGGUGGGUCCGGUGCACUGUGCGCUGCGGACAUUGCAGCGGUAUCUCUGCCACGCUGGCGAGCAGCUCACGCCGGAGUUUCGCCAGGUGUGA